CAAGAAAAACCAUAAACCCUAGUAAACUAGACGCACCAGAGGUUCAUUUUUCUCCAGUUCUCAGCCAAAACGAAGCAUCAACCAUUGACAAUAUCAGAUCCUCAUUUCUCAGUUCAUCUUUCUACUAUUCUUUAUACCUGUAACUAUAAAGUUUUCACACUUGGCACAUCAGUCUAUCAACUUUGAAAAUUAAUAGUCUUUCAAGAAAAGAUCCUAAUUUAUAGCUAAACGAUUCAAUCUUAAAUUAUGCUUUGGAUUAAGUAUGCAUUUUUUUUUUUCAAAUCUGGGUUUUAGUUAUAUUAAUGGGUACUGCGAAUUGGUGAUUUGUUUUGUACUUUUUGAGCUAAAAUGUUAAAUCUUUUAUAUUUGCUCUGGACUAACUUUGUUGUUGUUGAUUUUUGGUUGAUUCUCUGGGCUUAGUCAUACUAAUGUGUACUGUAAAUUGGUGAAAACUUGUUCUUUUUCUAACUCCAGUUGCUAACUGAUUCAUUUACAUGAAAAUUCUGUAAUGCGAGUUUUGAUUCUCUGCUUCUUUAAUCAGGAGUGACUUGUUUUUGUAGUUUUUUGAAUUAGGGAUGUCGUAGUGAACAAUGAGGUGCUUUCUGUGGCUUCUUUCCAGAGGCGGAUCUAGCAUUUCUAAAACAUGGGUGCACCGCCGAAAAAAGGAACAAAAAAAAGUAUUAAAAUCUUCUCCAGCGAUGGCUGCAUCUUCUUCUCGGUUGGUUCGUGUAGUGGGCCGUUAAUUGUUCAGUGGCCUCUGCAACAAUCCUGAUGGUUUAGUAAGAUCAACACACGAGAUGACGUGCAGUCAUUUGUUACAGCAACAAAGGACCUUCAUACAGAUGAGGACGAAUCUGAAAGUGGUAGACAAUUCAGGUGCAAAGAGAGUGAUGUGCAUCCAAGCACUGAAGGGCAAGAAAGGAGCAAGAUUAGGAGAUACAAUAGUUUGCUCAGUGAAGGAAGCUCAGCCAGGAGGGAAAGUGAAGAAAGGAGAUGUUCAUUAUGGUGUUGUCGUUCGUGCUGCUAUGCCAAGGGGCCGCUGUGAUGGGAGCAAAGUAAAGUUUGACGACAAUGCUGUGGUGCUUAUCAACAAGCAUGGUGAACCGAUUGGAACCAGAGUUUUUGGUCCAGUGCCCCAUGAGUUGAGGAAAAAGAAGCAUGUCAAGAUUCUUAGUCUUGCCGAGCAUAUCGCUCUCAGGGUAGUUCUACUGGUGAUUAUUCUGUCACUUGGAAGCUGAGUGUCGCGUUUACUGUAUUUGUGGGAACCUACCUUGUUCACAAGCUGCAAAAGAUGCUUCUUUUAUAACCAUAAACAUUUUUGACUUGUACAUAUAAAUGUGGGCGCGCAAGGCACUGUGCUGUCUCUUUUCCUUUCCCCAAUUUUGGUCUGGAGUAUGAUCUGCAUCCAGUGCUCAAGGCACAGAAUCCAUAAACCGACUUGAAAUAGAGACAUC